AUGGAAGAACAUGUUUUUCAUAGUUCGUUUUCAAUUCGAAGUGUUCUUGGAGAAGAUGAUACGGUAACAAAAAAACAUUCAACAAUUGAUGAUGAAGAAGAAGAUGAUGAACAAGAAAUUGAUAUUGAAAGUUCAGAAGAUGAAGAAACAAAAUCAACGAAAAAAUCUUCAUCAUCGAUAUCAAGUGAAUCUGGUUCAGAUGGUUUAACAACUCAAAAAACUCUUCCAACAACUCCUGCAUUAAAAAAUAAAUAUGGUGUUAAACCAGCUUAUUCAUAUAAUGCUUUAAUUAUGAUGGCUAUACGAUCAUCACCUCAUGAACGUUUAACAUUAAAUGGUAUUUAUGAAUAUAUUAUGAAAACUUUUCCAUAUUAUCGUGAAAAUAAACAAGGUUGGCAAAAUUCUAUUCGACAUAACUUAUCAUUGAAUAAAUGUUUUGUUAAAGUACCACGACAUUAUGAUGAUCCCGGUAAAGGAAAUUAUUGGAUGCUUGAUCCAUCAGCUGAUGAUGUUUUUAUUGGUGCAACAACUGGUAAACUUCGACGUCGAGCAUCUACAUCACGAAAUCAUCGUUUAACAGCAUUUAAACGUUCAAAUUUAAGUCCUUAUUCUGCGGCAUUAUAUGCAUCAGCAGCCGCUGCUUUACGUCAACAACAUUUCUUUAAUGCAAUUGCAGCAAAUGAAGUUAUACGACGUCAUCAGACAUUUUUACCUAGUUCGAUUUCACCAAAUCAAACGAGGUCAGUGUUGUAG